AUGUUUAAUGUUCAAAAGGUGCGGAAUGAUUCAAUCUUCCUCCUUGUUGUAAUAAUAGUAGCAUUGUAUAUUAGUGAAAUUAGUAGCAAUGGUGUUAGUUGCUUUGCAUCAACAUUUGAAAGUGAAAUGAUAUCACAAAAUCUUCAACAGCAAGAUGAUGCACUCAAUAAUACAGUAUCACCUUCGUCUUGCCCUUACAUGAUUUAUGGAAAACACUGGAGAAAAUACUUGUAUGCUCCCGAUAGUAAGAAUCAUUAUUCAACAUCUGUUUUAGAUAGAUUGACUAAUAUUUACAUUCCACUCUAUAAUCAAAGUGAAUGGACCAUAAGGUUUAAGGAGCAACCAAAUCCACUUUCAUGUCCUGCAUUAUAUCAACAAAUACCUGAUGGACCAAUGUUGUCCCUUUUUGAUCCAGAUGAAGAUGCUUCUUAUCAACAUGGAGAGAAAACAUAUGUGUGUGAUCAGUUGGAUUUCAAAGAUAAUUUAGGAGAUGUGUGCGAUCAAUUAUUAUGUUUUUCUCAAGGGGAGAAGGAAAAACUAUUUAAUCAGGAAAAGAAAUUUGGAAUUAACCUAACUGAAUUGAUACCCACAUCUUUGGAUGACAUUAAGCAGGAUGAAUUUUUUGGAAAGAGAUUAACACUUUAUUUUGUUUCGAGGUAUAUUGAAAGUAUUGAAUCAAGAAAAUUGAUUCCACAGGAAGAUGAUUUCAUUUCUGACGAGUAUAAUGCACUUCUCAAUCAAAUGAUUCCCUCUUUCAAUCAUAACUUUUCGUUUGGCUUUGAACUUGUUGAUGUUUUUUCAGCUUGUAGAGCUUGUCGUGAUUAUAGAAAAGAUCCUGUUAUUGAGAAUAGAGAUAUCUGUAUGACUAUUGAUUAUCCAUUCUCCUGUGAAUCAUCAGAAGCUACUGAGGAAGAUCUUGAAGGAGUUCCAAUGAGUAGUAUUGGCAAAAUUGUCACAUACAAUAUGGCUGGAGAUUAUUCUUUUUUCCUUACAGGAUAUAGUCUUUGCUUUUGUCCAUCACGGGCCACGUUGCUUGAACAAGGAUCUGAUGUUAAUGUAACUCAGUCAGAUUCAAUUAUUAGAAUUGCCACAAAAUGUGAUUACUACAAUGAUUUGUGGUAUCCUGCCUACGAAUCAGGCGUUCUAAGAAAAAUCUAUUUAGCAUUCGAGCUAUUGGUAUUUUUAAUAGCAGCAUUAUUGAUUUGCAUUCCUCUCACAGUUCAAGGUAUUAUGGAACUAAUUUUGAAAAUAUCAAAGAGUAAUAUUGAAAUCCCAAAACUUCACAAAGCAUUUAGAAAGAGAGGACCAAAGCAAAUCAACAAGGUUCUAAGGAAGGGAGUUUAUUUCUACAAGAACAAUGCUUCCUCUGCCAUUGGAAAGAGUUGGAUGAGAAUAUUAUUUAAUAUUCGAUUUAUUUCUGCGAUAACACUGGUUUGGGGAAGUAUUAGUUUUUUAGUGGAGAAUGCCUUAUUCCUUGAUACUGGGUUUUCAAUUCAUAGUAUUCACUUAAUUGUGAAUGGAUACGCUGGUUAUUAUUCGAGUUUAUUGUUUGUAUUGGCAUUAUGGAUCGAUACAAUGAUUCGAGUUGAAAAGAAUAGUCACAACAUUUCGCUAGCGAUUGUCAUUCCACUCUCAGUGAUCAUGGUCUUUAUCCUAGUUAGUUCUCUUGUAUUUGUCUCGUUUGAAUUAUCAAUUCAUUUAUUCUAUGGAAUUAUGAUUUUCUAUGCUUGUACAACAUUCAUGUUUGUAAUGAUCAUGCUUUUACUGGUAAUUUAUGGAGCCAAGAUAUUUAUCAGAUUGAAGGUUCCCUUAUUUCAAUUUAAGAGACUUACUCUUUCACAGACAGGAUUCUGGAUAUCCACAAGAUUUUUCAGCUACUUCCUCCAUGAUGUACUCUCCAUUUGUUUUACAGGAUUGGGUUUUGCCGUCUCUUAUGCACUAUAUCCUUCCAAUAAGGUUGUUGUCGAGUCCUACAAUUGUGUCAUCUAUCUAUUAUUGUGCAUGAUUUGUGUUGGGAAAAGAAUCAAAAGAUAUUUAAAAGAAAGGGAGCUGGUAAUUCUUCGUCAAGUAUUUGUCAAUAACUCAUUCCAAGCCAAUGUACAACCAUAUGAACAUAUUGACAUUUCUGAUAUGAUACAACAACAACCAAUUACAUCCUCAAUAGAAAAUGAACAUCCAUCCGAAGGAUUUGCCUACGACGAAGUGAGCUACUCACGCUUAGAGUGA